AUGGCCAAGAAGAGCUUCAUUGAGCUUCGAGAAGCCGCUCUGGCCCAUCGUCCAGCCUCCCAGACCGACCCGCUCCCCGACCAUGUCUAUCCCACGCGAGCAACCACGGUAUCACCUUCCUCCACCACCUCCUUCGAUCCGAGUGCAUACUCCCAGCCGUAUUGUGAUUUUAUGACCGCGAACCCGACCAUCUUCCACGCCGUCGAUGCCUUCACUGCCCAGCUCGAAAGCGAAGGGUACAAGCGCCUGCAUGAGCGCGAAUCCUGGACGAACAAGCUCGUGCGUGGUGGGAAAUACUACUGCACGCGGAACUCCAGCGCCUUCAUCGCCUUCUCCGUCGGCAAGGAGUACAGGAGCGGCAAUGGCGUGGCGAUCGUGGCCGGACACAUCGACGCCCUCACCGCCAAAUUGAAGCCGGUGUCGAAGCUGCCCACGAAGGCCGGGUUCGUGCAGCUCGGCGUGGCGCCGUACGCCGGGGCCCUGAAUGAGACCUGGUGGGAUCGGGACCUCUCGAUCGGCGGGCGAGUGCUCGUGCGCGACCCCAGCAGUGGAAAGAUCGAGUCCAAGCUGGUGAAGCUGGACUGGCCCAUUGCGCGCGUCCCCACCCUGGCGCCGCACUUCGGCGCCCCCAGCCAGGGCCCCUUCAACAAGGAGACCCAGAUGGUGCCCAUCAUCGGCGUCGAUAACUCGGACCUCUUCUCCACGUCCGCCAACACCCCGUCCGCCUUUCAGCCCGGCAGCUUCGCCGCGACGCAGCCCGAGAAACUGGUCCGCGUGAUCUCGCGCGAGCUCCAGAUCCACGACCCCAACACGAUUGUCUCGUGGGAACUGGAGCUCUACGACAGCCAGCCGGCCCAACUUGGGGGCCUGGAGAAGGACCUGAUCUUCGCGGGCCGCAUUGACGACAAGCUCUGCUGCUACGCGGCGCAGGAGGCGCUCCUGGCCUCGCCGGACUCCACCUCGUCGGCCUCGAUCAAGAUGGUCGGCAUGUUCGACGACGAGGAGAUCGGCAGUCUGUUGCGCCAGGGCGCGCGCUCCAACUUCAUGUCCAGCAUCAUCGAGCGCAUUACCGAGGCCUUCGCCGACCCGGCCGCCGCCUACGGCCCCAACCUCCUCUCGCAGACCGUCGCCAACAGCUUCCUCGUCUCCUCGGACGUCAUCCACGCCGUCAACCCCAACUUCCUCAACGUCUACCUCGAGAACCACGCCCCGCGCCUCAACGUCGGCGUCGCCGUCUCCGCCGACUCCAAUGGCCACAUGACCACCGACAGCGUCAGCCACGGCUUCAUGAAGCGCGUCGCCGACAAGUGCGGCGCCACCCUCCAGGUCUUCCAGAUCCGCAACGACUCCCGCAGCGGCGGCACCAUCGGCCCCAUGACCAGUGCCCGCAUCGGCAUGCGCGCCAUCGACAUGGGCAUCCCCCAGCUCAGCAUGCACAGCAUCCGCGCCACCACGGGUAGUCUGGAUCCCGGCCUGGGUGUUAAGCUGUUCAAGGGCUUCUUCGAUCACUUCGAGGAGGUGGAUGCCGAGUUUGCGGCCUUCUAG